CGUUGCCGCGUCCUGUGUGCAGGAGCCCUAAGACAUCUCGUUAUAAAAUUAGACUAUGAAUAUCAGCCGUAAUAAAUGCACGAAAAAUACACUCGGAAGGGGGGAGAAGGAAAAAGUGGUACCGAUGUAUACCGAAGGAAGUACUUCUAUGUAAGUUGGAGAAGGAAAAGAUAUGUUAUCAAAUUUAUCUCAUUAAGUGGCCAGUGUAGCGAUAUAAAAGCCAGCUGUCUCAAAGUAUUUGUCAAAGCUAUUAAAAUCAUAAUUAAAAUGGCUUUAAGUCCUGGAGAUCCAAGUUCUUUCGCAAACCCAGAAUUUGCAAUUGUAACUCAUACACAUCUGGAGUUAAAUGUCGACUUUGACCAAAAAAUUCUUCAAGGCAAAGCGAUAUUGGAUAUAGAAAGAACAUCUUCAGCAGCUACUGAAGUAAUUCUGGAUAGUCGUGAACUUGUUAUAUCAAGCGCAACAAGUGAUGGAUCUUCCCUGGAGCAUCACAUUGGAGCUGAUGUAGAAUUUGGUAGCAAACUUGUAAUCCAAUUACCAUCAGCUGCUGGAAAUAAUAAUACAAAAUGUAAAAUUGAGAUUGAGUAUAAAACAUCUCCAAAUGCUACUGCAUUGAAAUGGCUGACAGCUGAGCAGACUGCUGGUGGUGUGCAUCCUUAUCUAUUUUCACAAUGUCAGGCUAUACAUGCUAGAUCCAUGUUUCCCUGUCAAGAUACACCAUCUGUAAAGUCUACUUACUCUGCUAAGAUUUCUGUACCAAGGGAACUUACAGUUGUGAUGUCUGCACUUUUGGAUGGUGUGUCGGAUCUGGGUAGUGACAAGAAAGUAUAUGAGUUCCGUCAGCCAGUACCAAUACCAUCUUAUCUGGUGGCUAUCGCAGUGGGUGCACUAGUAGCGAAACAGAUUGGUCCAAGAAGCAAGGUGUGGGCCGAGAAAGAGUUUAUCGAUCAAAGCGCAUAUGAAUUUGGGGAAACUGAAACGAUGCUGCAGAUCGCUGAGCAACUGUGUGGUCCUUAUGUUUGGGGCAUGUACGAUAUAUUAGUGCUUCCACCGAGUUUUGCAUUCGGUGGGAUGGAAAAUCCGUGUCUGACAUUCGUCACGCCAACCAUACUCGCCGGGGAUCGUUCUCUGGCGAACGUGAUCGCCCAUGAAAUUUCUCACAGCUGGACAGGAAAUCUAGUUACGAACGCAAACUUUGAACAUUUCUGGUUGAACGAAGGUUUCACCAUGUUUGUCGAGAGGAAGAUCAAUUCGAGAAUGUUCGGUGAAAAAAUGAGACACUUUGAGGCACUGCAUGGUAUUGGAUGUCUAAGAGAAGGGAUUCAAACUCUCGGUGAAACCAAUCAGCUGACAAAUUUAGUGCCGAAUCUGGCCGGAGUCGAUCCCGAUGAUGCGUUUUCGAUUGUGCCUUACGAAAAAGGACAUACAUUCCUCUUUUAUCUGGAGCAGCUGUUGGGCGGGUCAGAAGUGUUCGAGCCAUUUUUAAAAUCUUACUUGGACACAUUUAAGUACAGAAGCAUAAAGACUGAUACUUGGAAGGAUUACUUGUAUAAAUAUUUCUCUGAUAAAAUCAAGUUACUAAAUUCUGUCGAUUGGGACACGUGGCUGUACAAGCCAGGUAUGCCGCCUGUGAUACCAAAUUACGACAAAAGCCUCACGAACGUGUGUACGGAAUUGGCGAAGCGGUGGAUAGAGUGGAAGGAGAUUAGCACUUCGACUUUUAUGAAGUCGGACAUUGACAGUUUGUCUCCCGCUCAGAAAGUAGCCUUUUUAACCGAGUUGCAUAAAUCUUCUGUGAAUCUGUCGCUUGACAAGAUGCAAGUAAUGGCAGAUACUUAUCAGUUGGACUCUAUAAAGAAUUCCGAAAUACGGUUCAUCUGGUUACGUUUAUGUAUCAAGAAUCGAUGGGAAUCCAAGGUAGACGAUGCUCUAGCUUUUGCUACCGAACAGGGACGCAUGAAGUACGUACGUCCUAUAUUCCGAGACCUGUACGAAUGGGAAGCGAUGCGUCAGCGAGCAAUUGAUAUAUAUUUAAGCAAGAAGAAUAAGAUGAUGUAUGUGACCGCACAUGCUGUGGCCAAGGAUCUUCAUCUAAGUGAUUAAGAUUACAUUAAUACAUAUUAUGUUAAAAGUUUUUAUGCAGCAACUGUAAUAUUUCUGAUAUUGCGAAUUAUAAUUUUUAUUUUAUUUUUAAUUGCUACAUAAUCUAUACUUUUAUGUCAUGUAAAUAUAAAAAAUGGAAUGGUUUUAUCUCCUCCAUAGGUUUCUUUAUUGCAAUAAAGCCAAUAAAGAAAUUUUUUAAUAUA